AUGUGGGUCGGCGCAAUCGAUGAUGCGUUCCGUUCAAGACUUCAUCUUACUUUGUACUAUCCCAAACUCGUGGAGAAGCAAAGCACUAAAAUCUGGAAGAACAACAUUAGGAAACUGGAGCAAGUCAACGAGCUGCGGGUCAAAAAAGGACAACAGCCGAUCAAAUACGACAAGGACGAGAUCGUCAAGUGGGCCAAGGUCAACUGGGAGAGUCUUCAGUGGAACGGCCGUCAGAUCCGCAACGCAUUCCAAACUGCCAUCGCAUUGGCAGAGUUCAAAGCCCAGUCGAAAGACAAGGCGCGACGAACCGGCAAGGAUUCGUCUUCGCCUACUCCUAGAAGCCCAAAGCGACCUGUCCUAAGCCAAGACACCUUCACGCUCAUCGCAGAGGCCUCGACUCAGUUCAACGACUACCUUUUGCAGACACACGGCCAAGACGAAGACACGACGGCGUCAAGAGACCAGAUUCGACCAGCCACUUUCAAAGAAAACAAGACUCGAAUUAAGAGAGUGCAGGAGUCUUCUGACUCAGAUACCGACUCGGACUCUACUUCCUCUUCAGGUGACUCUAGUCGUGAUUCUGAUUCAGCGGCGUCAGAAUCCGGGCCUGAUCCGUACGCAUCUGAUAAUUCUGAGAUCUCGGAACCUGAAUCAGAGGUAGAGAAGAAGCGUAAGAAGUCAAAAAGGAGUAAGGAAAAGCUUGAUAAGACUGCGAUCAAAGGCAAGAGGCCUUCAGAAAGGCGAAAGGAAGCGAAAAGGAAGGAGAAGAGAAAGUCCGAAGACUGA